AUGCUCCAGCAGAGGGGGCCAAUCGCUUUAAAGGGGUUUUCUGGGGUAGGAAAAGAGCUGGUUAAAGUGUUUAGUGCAGCCGCAGAAAGCACAAAGGCCCGUUGGGCGGGUUGCGUGAUCCAGAAUCAGAUUAGGGAUGCAUUGUUUGCACGAAUCACCGAAAUGAUCAACUGUGCGGCUCUUUGUGGAGUCAAUGUGCUUUGUCUUCAAGAGCUCUGGACCAUGCCAUUUGCAUUCUGCACAAGAGAGAAGUUACCAUGGACAGAGUUUGCCGAGUCGGCACUGCAUGGACCAGCAACACAACUUCUCCAAAAGCUUGCUGUUCGGCACAACAUGGUUAUUGUUUCUCCCAUUUUGGAACGUGAUGAAGAACGAGGCGAUGUCCUGGCCAACACUGCUGUGGUAAUUUCCAACACAGGACAAGUACUAGGAAAAUCCAGGAAGAACCAUAUACCUAGAGUUGGAGAUUUUAAUGAGUCCUCAUAUUACAUGGAGGGGGAAACAGGACACAAAGUCUUUCAAACUCAAUUUGGAAAGAUUGCCAUCAACCUGUGCUUUGGCCAUCUUCAUCCCCAGAACUGGAUGUUGUAUGGAAUAAAUGGAGCAGAAAUUGUCUUCAACCCUUCAGCAACUAUUGCGCAGCUGAGCGAACCUGCUUGGCCAAUUCUAGCAAGAAAUGCAGCAAUAGCAAACAGCUACUUUACAUGUGCAAUCAACAGGGUUGGAACUGAAGUCUUUCCAAAUGAAUUCACAUCAGGUGACGGAAAACCAGCUCACAGAGAUCUAGGACUUUUCUAUGGUUCCAGUUAUGUCACAGCACCUGAUGGAAGCAGAACUCCUGGACUUUCGCGAACAAAAGAUGGAAUAGUCAUUUCUGAGGUUGACCUGAAUCUUUGCAGACAAGUCAAUGACCAGUGGUCAUUUAGGGUGACUCAGAGACUGGAGUUGUACGCCAAAGAGUUAAAUGAAGUAUUAAAGCAAGACUGGAAACCUGACGUCAUCACAGAGUAA